AUGUAUAUACACAUAUAUAUACAGAGUUUAUUCAUCAAUAUGAAACAAAUCAUUGAAAUUAUCACUUUUCUAAUUUUAUGUUCAAUGGCUGAAUAUAUGCCAGUUGGUCAAAGUGUUUCAUUAAAACAGUUUGAUCCAGAUAAUGAAGCACUUAUUAAUGAAUAUUUUUCAUCAGAAAAAGUCGAUGAAGCUGCUGAACAUUGUUUACGUUUAAUUGGUAGUAAAACAAUUAUAUCACAUAAUAAUCAUAAUUAUAAUAAUGAUGAAAAUAAUUUAAGUUAUACAGCACGUAAAUUAAAAUGGAGACAUUGUAUUCUUAAAGAAUUAGAUCGUAUUAAUCGUGGUUUAUUUACAUGGAAUAUUGGUUCAUUAUUUAAUUAUAAUAAAGAUAUGAAUACGGUAGAAUAA